ACCCGGUUGUUCGCUAACAACCAUAAUGACCAGCAUUCAGUUGAUAGAAGUGGAAACAUACUUCCUGGCACUGUUGUUGAUUCAAAAAUUUGUCAUCCCACUGAGUUUGACUUCUAUUUGUGUAGUCACGCGGGAAUACAAGGUACUAGCCGUCCUGCGCAUUACCAUGUAUUAUGGGAUGAAAACAAGUUCUCCGCUGAUGCACUGCAGACGCUUACCAAUAACUUAUGUUACACAUAUGCAAGGUGCACAAGAUCAGUUUCAAUUGUGCCGCCUGCAUAUUAUGCUCAUCUGGCUGCGUUUAGGGCAAGGUUUUAUAUGGAGCCAGAGACGUCGGAUAGUGGUUCCAUGGCAAGUGCUGCAGCUGGCCGAGCUUCAGCUGCGGGUGGUUCUCGCAGCACUCGAGCGCCUGGAAGUGGUGCUGUGAGGCCUCUACCUGCUCUCAAGGACAAUGUUAAGCGGGUGAUGUUCUAUUGCUGAUGACCUCUUCUGCCAGUUAUUAUUGCCCUAUUUCCUAUUUCAGCACGGCUUUAUUGAAAACUGAAUCAGAAACCCGAAACUUGUCUUUUAUCUUAUAAUGCCUGUUUUCCACGACCUUCAUAUUAGUAUUUUGGUGUCUGGGUGGGUGUGGCUUUAUAUGCAGCAGCAUAGCACUGUUUUUCCUAUACGGAUUGGAAUGAUCACGUAGGUUUGUUUGAAGUGACUUUUUUUUUUUUUUCUGAGCAUCAAGAACUUGAUUGUUAUGUGUUUUGUAUUGUUCCGGAGUUCAAUGCUUAUAUUGUUGUUGUUUGUUUAAUCGAGACUAAUUGUUUGGAGCUCUAUAUUCA